AUGGGUGGCAUGGAUAACGAACUUGUCAAAAAGUUCAACGCAGAGGUAAGCUUUUAUUUUUCAUAUUUCUAAUGUUCUUUAUUUUUAAGCUCUCUUCAAUUUACGAGUCGAAGCCACCUCUGAGUAAAACAAAAAUCCAGGACAUCACAAAAGCGGCAUUGAAAGCGAAAGCUCUUUACAAGCAUGUUGUUUUCAGUGUAGAAAAGUUUCUUGCAAAGGUGAGGAAAAAUUGUCUUAAUUUUACAGUUUGAAUAUGAAACUCCUUUGGUUUUAGUGCAAGGCGGAGUACAAAAUUCCAGUUCUCUAUAUUAUUGAUAGCAUUAUACGCGGCUCAAAACAUCAGUUGAAGGUUUCUUUCUUUUUUUUCGUACGCGUAAUAUUUCAACUUGAUUAAGGAAAAAGACGUAUAUGCUGCUAGAUUCUUGAAAAACUUUUCCAAGACGUUGUCAGAUCUUUUGGCAUGUUCACCUCCUGAACAGGUUCGGCUAGUUAUAUUUCUUGAGAAAUGAAAAGAUUAAGAUGAGAGUUGUUCGAACUCUGAAUCUGUGGACGGCGAACGGGGUGUACAAACCUGAAGAGAUGGAAGUUUUCAGAAAUCAGUGCAAAUCCGAAGGAAUCGGUUAGUUCAUUAUUUUCCGAAAGAAGUUUCCAUUUUAUUUUCAUUUACAGAGAUUGAUUACGAGGCGGUAGAAAAAGCGGUGAAGGGUAAGAAAGCCGACAUGAGAAUUUACGGAGGAGUUUAUAUCAAGAAAGACAAACUUCCACAGUCGGUCAGUUAUUUUGAUGUGUUACUUUUCAAAAACUAGAAAGAUGUGCAGUUUGUAACUUUUAGGGUGUUCAUCUGGUACAUUAAAGAAGAAAUUUCAGAGUGCAAAGUAAAAUUAUCUUUUUAGGCUGUUUUAUAGAGUUUCUUCCUGAUUCCUAUCUUCUUUGUGAUCAAACGUCAAUGUUUCUUAAUUUUAUAGACGGCACCUGCUUCGUUGCCAGCUCCAGGUUCUGACGGACUUCUGGGAGCUGCACCGCCUCAGAUCAGCGGGUUCGACUUCCACACUCCGCAGAAGGUCGUGCCGGCUCCUCUGAAAGAACAACCUUCAGAUGAGAUACCUCCGGGUUUGAAAACUAUUUAACUCAACGUUCAUGUUUCAAUCUUGAAGGGGGAAUCAGUGAACGCGAGUUGCUGAGUUUGAUAACACAGUCUGGAAUCGAUCCGAGCGGCAUAUAUUCCAAGGAUAUGAACCUUUUGAAAAAGGCUCAUGCGGUAAGUUUUUCUGGGCUUUUAAGUAAAAAAGAGAUUUUUAUUUGAUCCUCCAAGAAUAAAAACUUUAAGAAUUAAGAUAUACUCAUUUUCCAAGACGUAUUAGGGUUUAGUUGGAUUUUUCUUUUUGAAUUAUUCAAAAUACUAAAUUUUUUUUGAAGCAUUUGGGAAAAAUUUAAAUUUCCAUCAAGCACCGUUUCUAUGGAAAUGCUGCUGUAAUAUUAUUCAGAAUGAUUUUAUUUUAAGCUUUUUAAAAGCCGGUAUUUUUAAAAAAAUGAGUUUUAUGAAAAUGAGCGCCUUUAAAAAUCAUAUCAAUUGUUUCUGAAAUUUAAGUUUGAUAUUGAAAAAAAGGAAGAGCUUUUGGUCUUCAGGACUUUUCAGCGGUAAAGCUGAUAGUUUAAAAAUAAAUUCUCCUCUCCAUGGUUGUAAUUUUUCUUUUGAGAUUUCUGACAAAUUACUAUCAGAGAGUUGGUUGAAUCUCGAUUUCUUAGGCUGUCGUGCAAAGUCUCAACCAUCACAUGAGCGAACGGGCUGCACAGGCGGCUCAAGCAAGGGCCAUGCGCCCGGCCGAUAUAAAGGUUCCUUUCGCCUCAAACCGCCUUGAAAUUAUCGCUUUUCUACCUCAGAACGUGCUGACCUCGCAGUUCGGAGACUACAGUGACGACGAGAAUGAGGAAGAACAGCAGAAAGCCGCCGAAAAGAAGGAGGAAGAGGAUAAGCCCCCGACUCACGAGGAAAUUUAUGAGUGCGACCUUUGUUCUUUCUGAAAUUUUAUUUUGACUAAAUAGAUGCGUCAGUAGGUUGGCAGACAGUUGGGAAGAAUCAACUUUUGGGAUUUUUUGACUAGAUCAUAGGUACUCUUUGAAUUGCAAAGUCCUCAAAGAUAUAUUCACAGAGAACAGAAAUUGGGAGAACUGGAAAAAACGUUCAAGUACCCAUUGUAACUUUUGAAAAAGCGCAAUUAAAUGAUUAGUUAGAGGCUGUAGUGAUCCCAAGCCGGUCCAGACUAUUUUCCACUUUUUGAUUCAUCCUCAAUCUCGGAUUUUUUUUUCAAUUGGCGAAUUUCCAGGUACGCUUCGCACCUUGUGCAGUUUCCGGACGUUGCCAACGCCUUGCAAGUUAUCUUGCACGAGAGGAUUACCGAGUUGAGCAAGGUGAGAUCAAGGAUUUCGUUUUUGGUAGGAAAAAAGCGGUUAAAACAGGAUUCUCAAAAUUUUUCUGAAAGCACAGGGUUUUUGAACAAUCAAUUUGGAAAAUAUUGAGAAAGAAAAGUAAAUAAGUGGGUGGGCCGAAAAUUUAAGAAUUAUUUGAGUUCUUUGAGGGAUUUCGUAAAGUAGUUUUACAAAAAAGUUAAUUCCCUACAUCACUUUGCGAUUCCAGGACAAGUAGUCAAAUCUUUAUAGGAAAGUUUGCACCCUGUAGCCAAUGAAAUUAUUUUUGUGGACUUUUUACUUUUCAAAGAUGAAAUAAGCGGAAUAACAUGAUUUUUUUCUCGUUAUUACUGAUAAGAGAAAAAAUGACUGUGAAACAGAUAGCGUCGGAACAUCGGGCGGCGAUGAUGUCGACGGCGUCUCCGAUGCCGCCGCCGUCAAUGGCGACACUUCCGCCGCCGACACACAACCAACUCCUUCAAGGAGGUCAGAUCAACGCCGCUGCUCUCGCUCAAAACGCCUUGGUACGACUUUCCCCCACCUGCGUCUUUUGAAUCUACUCUUUUAGCUCGCCAACCUUCCCAUGAACCUGAACCUGGCUCAGUUGGCUGCAAACCUUCAAGGAAUUAAUCCAGGCGCUCAAACUCAGUUGCUCGGCCAGUUGAAUGUCAGUCUUUGUUCUAAUUUCAUGAGAUCGAGUUAUUUCCUCAUGAAGAUCUAUUUUUUUGAGAGUUCCUCGUCUUUCUGAGACAUCAUUCGAUAAUCUCAAUUUAUGGAAUUUUUCAAAAAUUCUCAGACAAAAAGAAGUUUCAGCUGGGAGCUUUGCUGCCGGGAAAUAACCUGCCCCAGGGGUUUCCUCUACCGACCACCGCUGGCAAUAAUCCAGCCAACGCGGCUUUCGAACAAUUCGCCAAGCAGCAGGUUUUUUUUUAAAGAAACCAAAGGGAAAAAAAUAAACAAGUUAAUGAAGAGAUGUUCAUCAACUUUUCUUUUUACCAUUAUUUCUCUUUCUGCUUUUUUGUACUGAUACUCCCAAAUCAACCAGGAAACAGUUUUUUUGUACUGUGAAACUGGGAAACGUGAAAAAGUUCUUUAUAGAUUUCGAAACUUUAUCAGUAUUAUUUUUAUGUGGAACAUAUUUUUUUCAGCAAACCAGUGAAGGUGAAUACAAGAAAUAGUUAUUUUCGUUAUUUCUCGAAAAAAGAUUUUUUUUUUUUCUUGAAAAAAAGCCCUAAUAAAAAUAAAAACUAUUUUUUCAAAUCAAAAUCAAAUUUUCAGGAAAUAUUCAAGCAAAUAACAGCGGGACAGCUACCACCGAUGACCAGCGCACCACCUCCCAAUAUUCAAGGUUUGAGAGGAAGUUUUUAUAGUUGAAAUUUGUAACUUUUUUCCGUUUCAGCACUGCAAAAUCUGCACCAGCAGCACAGCCAGCCGCCGCCGCCCCACCAUCUGAUUCCUCAACAUCCGCCGCCUCUUCCGAUCCAGCCGCAGAGUCGGCAGGCGUUCGAAGACGAGAUGGCUGCUGCAGCCCAGAAACAAAUGCGAAUGAUCGAGAGCGAAAUGGAGGCCAGCCAUUCCAACAGAAUCCACGAGGUCCGUCAAAUACCCAAAUCAAAACAAAGUUCUAUCAAAGUAAUGGUGGAGAAAAAAGAAUUCUUGGAGACUCCGAAGUGGCUCAACUGAAAUUGGAAAACUUUAUUCCAAGAAUGAAAAUCUUUUCUUGCCUGAAAAAAGUUUUCAAAAACGGCUCCGGGAUUUAGAAUUGAUAAACAGCAAAUUUUUCGAUUAUUUAUAAUCUUGAUGAUUUGAAGUACUGACAUCGAUAUGCAAAAGCUCAUAGAAAUUACUGAAAGUUUCAAUUUGAAUUUAUAGACCUCUAUCUUUCUAAAUUACAUAUAUUUAUUCAAUAAGAUCGAUAAAUUUCUUGAAAAACGUUUCAUAUAUUCUUCUUCUUUUAUUGAACCCAAAAAAAUCAAAAAAAAAAACAGCUUAGCUGAAAAACCUUUUUGCAGCAGAAUGAGUUCAGAAAGUUAUCCCUUUUUUUGAAUCUCGUUGUUAUGCUGCACUGAAAAAUCUAUCUAUUUCUGCUUCAUCUCAGGACUAUCCAUUAAAAAAACGAAUAUGUAGAAUAAAAUUUUUAUUUGAGGACGAUCGAGGUAGGAGAGACCGCAAGAGAAGCCGGUCCCGCGAUAGGAAUGAUAGAGAUCGUGGAAGGUUUUUUUUUGACUUUGAGAAGGAAAAAUGUAAUGAAAAGUUGCAGAAACAGAGACAGUCGUGAAAGCAAAAGUGACCGCGAACGCCGCAAAAUGGGACUGCCAACUUUGGUUCCGGGAAAAACUUUCAGUAAUCUCACACUUUUAUCCGUGAGAUCUCAAAAAUUGUUUUUCAGUCGCCUCGAGGACUCUUUGGUUUGGAAGAUUACCGUCAAACUGCUCGGAAUCUGAUAUUCGGGUUUGUUUCAACCAAAAAAGGAGCACUUGAAAUGAAAAUGCUCUGAAAGGGGUUUCUAUAGAUUUGUUCAAAAAAAGCAACUGGAAGAUAAAAAUUUCUAGUAGAGGUUUGGCCGAUGAAAGAUCUAUCAUCAUGACAGAGUUUUAAAAAAAGAUAUUUAUCCGCCCUUUAAAACAUAAGGAGUUCCUCUCCCAUUUUUUUGAUAGUUUUAGAAUAUUUUUUUCGUUUUUUUCCAUGGGCUUCUUAUGAGAAAUAAAUUUCUUUCGAAAAAGGAUAGAUUGGAGAAAACAAUGGAAAUUUCGAAAUGUUUUGAAAAAUAAAAAUAAAUUUUGAACUUGUUUUUGUGACCUUUAUAAAAAAAAAUGACCACUUUUUCAAGAAUCAUUAUUCAAAUUUUGCUAAUUUUUCUUCCAAAUCGAGCAGUUCCAUUUCGGAGAAUUUUCAGAGCGCGGUGGAGCCAGCCGGAGACCCGGCCCAAAUCCGGAUGAUCAGUACCAAAGCGUGCGCCUACGUGACGAUGGAAACCCGCAGAGCCGCCUACGACGUCGUCAACAAGCUUUCUCGCGAUCUGCAGGUCCAGAGGAAACGCGUCAAGGUUCGGCUUUGGAACCUUUGUUGGACAAUAUUUUCAUUCUUUCAAAUCUUUUAGUAGCUUCUUAAUUUGAUUUUUGGUAGUUUUUUUUUCUUCUUCCUGCAUCUUUGUACCUCUUGGGCGGUGUUGGCGCCCUAAGUUGAUUACCCGAUGUUCUAUCCUGAUAUCAGCGAUAGUCAGUGGACUGGCUCUAGUGACGAAUCCUUCCUUUUGUCCGAACAGGAAGCCUUUUUUCACUACUACAAUUUCUGAAACUCCUUGGUUGGGUGGCGGCGGAGAACGAACUUGUGACCCUGUCGACCGUAGAAACGCACACAAACUGUUUCGGUACGGCGCGCCGUUAUUAAUUUUCCGUAGUGAAUGAGAAAAAUUAUGGAUUAUCAAAUUUGAAGGCGCAUGAGUAGGGAAAAUGCGCAGAUUUUUUAAGAAAAGCUAUAUAUACCAAGUUUUGAUUUAUUUUAUGUUUUUCAGUUAGGAGAAACAGUGAUUUUUCCUCUGAUCAAAUGUCCUGAUCUUCAGAUAAGCUGGGCGAUGGGUCCUGGCACGAAAGAAGAGUACGCCGAGUGGUGGGACGAGGAAAAAGGAGUGACCAGCAUUCCGUGGGACAAGUUCCCCGCGGAAAUGGAGAAAGUCUGCGAAGGCGCCAUCCUGGAUCUGGAGUCCUUGCCGCCGAACAAAAAAGGUUUUUUUUCUCUCAAUUUCACAAAAAUCAGAAGAAAGGUUCUGCCUUUUAUUAUUUAAUUUUAGGAUGAAUUUCAAAAAAAGCAAACGAGUUCAGAAAAAAAUGUUUCUUAUAUUUAUUCUUUUUUUGUUUCAUCUCUCAACUUUCCAAAUUGUUAUGUGACUAUUCAAAUCGCAUUUUUUUUGAGAACAAUUUUUUUUCAUUGUGAAAAAAAUAUUUAAUUAAAAAAAUUAUUCUGAUGUUUGCUAUUUGUCACUUCUUUCAUAAAAUUCAAAAAAAUGAAUAUUUUGAGGUCUUUUUCGCUCAAACGGGCGGCGUGGCACCAACGGCUCCGCCUUUGCCGCAAACUUCUGAUUCGGCUGAUACUAAUAGGUUUUUCUCACUUUUGUCCUACAAAUUUUUGAUAUGCCGUUCUAACACGGGCGACGUUGUGCCUCAAACUUUCAAAGAAAAAAUAAUCAAAAAAUUGUUUAGCUCAAGUCUUUCUACCUCCGCCGCCAAACUACCACCCGGUUUGCCGCCUGGUUAUAAUUUCGCUGGAGGUUUAGAAAAAAAAUAUCAUCCGCUCCCUUCUAAAAAGUAUUUUUCAGUUGCUGGACUGCCGCCGAUGCUUCCGAGUGGUUUUCCGAUCGGAAUCCCUCCGCCAAAAGCUGGCCAGAUGGUUAGUUUUCAGAGAAUUUGAAUUUUAAUCAAAGAAAAUUGUGAACCUAGCUCAUUCUUUCCAUGAAGCUGGGCUUGAUGGUGAAGUUUGAGAUUUUAACUUUUUGCAUUUUAAAAGUUCAAUGAGAGCUUAUUUUUGAAAUCACUACUUUAUUGCUUUUUCUCAAAAAGGUUUUUUUAACAGUCUCUCAAUAUUUUUUUGUUUUGAAAAAAAGAUUUUUUUCCUUAUCACAGAACUUGCACGGUUUUGCAAUUACUUUCCGGUUUUUGUAACUGAGAAAGGAUUCAAUGAAAAUUCAACACCUUUUUCAACUUUUUAUAUCUUUUUUUUCCGAAUAUCCGACACCUCACAGUCUUUCUGGCCAGUUUACAGUUUCUGAUUUUUAGGUCAUGCCUCCAAAUCUUCCUCCUGGCUUCCAAGUGCCGCCUCACAUGCUUCGAGGAAUGCCUCCUGGUCUUCCGCCGCCAGGAGCUCCACCAGGAGUUCCACCGCCUCCCGGCAUCAACGGCUUGGCCGCACUCCGACCUCCUGGUCCGCCUCCGCCUUUGGGAGCUCCGCCAUCGAACUUUCCACGUCCGCCUGGUCCGCCAGGAGUUCCUCCACCAGCUCCCGAUCAGUUUGGAAGACCGCCGAGAGGUCCUCCCGGAACUGAGGGCUCCCUUUUCCCACCCGGCGUGCCGCCUCCACCUCACUCUUUCGGUCGACCGCCUAGAGGAUUUUCCGACCAGAACAGUCCCAACUUCCAUAAUCGCGGUGGUUUCGGUGGUGGUCCAUCUUUCAGAGGUCUACUUUACACUUGAAGAAAAAAUUUUCAUUCAAUUUCCUUUGCCUAGAACGUUCGAACUUGGAAAGUAGAAAAUUAGAAAGUUCAGUGAAAUUAAAAAACUGAGUUAUAAAAAUCCACCUAAGCGUUCUUCGUAACUUUGCACGUUUUAAUUUUUGACUUUUGAAAAUCGCUCAAACAAAUAUCAUUUAUUCCAGGAAGAGGUGACUUCCAUGGCGGCCGCGGUGGAUCUGACAGAAAAUCUUUCGAUCGCGACCGUUCUGAAGGUCGUUUUGGGGGUGGUGACGCUGGACGAGCUCGACCAUUUUGGGACAAGUGCGUUUUACUCGUGACUAUUUUUCUUUUAAAAAAACCCAGAAGAUCAGAAGCUUUAAAAAUUGAAGUGGUUUUUUUUGGUUUUGCUAGUGAAGUUUUUAGAAAGAAAAGAAUUUUCAAAACUAAUUUUUCGCCUCAUACGACUAACCUUUUAAGAUCACAAGAGAGAAAAUUUUGGCUUUUUUUGUUCCGAAUAUUUUAACGGUUCAAAUCCGAAAUUCGCAUGUUAUUAUAAAUAUUUUAUUGAAUACAGAGACAACGAAGCUCCUCGUUUCGAUGAAGGACCUAGACGAAGGUUCCCGAAUCGCUGGGAGGAAGGCGGCGAAGAAAGGAGAGGUGAUCGUCCAGAUCGGCACUCAGACAGGGACCGACGUGACGACAACAACUACGACAGAGAGCGCGGAAGACGUGAAGAUCGGUAGGCUCCUAGCUCAAAAAAAACCACCCGAAAACGACGGAUUCAGAAGCCGCAACGAAGAUCGACGUGACUUCGGUCGCAGGUCCAACUUUGAGGAGAGAAAAUCGUCCCGCGACUUUAACAUUACACGUAGAUCGGUUUGUCGCGCCGAAUCCUUCCUCAGACCUCAGUCUGCUCUUUUUCAGCCUCCAGGACCGGAAAGUGAAGAACUUGCUCCUCCAGGUGUCGACAACUUUGUCCCACCAAAAUAUCUUUCCGUCGGUAUGCUUUUGAAAGAGAUUUGAAAAUAUUUCUUUGAAAUUGGUUAGAACGUGUAAACAUAGUAGUUGUGGAUUAUUGAAAUGAUAAUUUGAGAAGAAAAUAUACUAAUAGACUUUCAUAGAAACGUUUCAAAAUCAUUAUUUUAUUGCAUGUUAGUAUCAUUUUCCUCUGUAUAACUUUGAAAGGGAAAUCCUCUCAGCCAGAAUUUUCCGUUUCAACCGAGACUCCAAAAAGGUGCGUGAAAUUCCCGAACAACCCCAGAAAAUAUUUACGAAAAUUUUGAAAAGGUGAAAUGUAUUAUUUAUGGAUUUUGUUUCGAAAAAUCAAGAGUUUAUGGAAUUACCAAGGAAUGUUAUUUCAUUUCGGGGUUGGGAAUUUUCUGAAACUUGGGCAGUUUGGCCUUUCUCAAGAACUAGGAGGUGUGCAGGCUGAGAGUCUCAUGAUAUUCAUCCUGGUACAUCGAGGAGUGUUCUGGCCAAUCCAAUUUCAGGAAUUUCGCAAUCAUCAUGUAAAAUGCCCUUCCUUGUGAGAACCGUGUCGAAAAAUCUUCAAUUCACGGGCUUUAGAUGAGCAAAUGGUGUCCUCGACGACGGCCGACAACGACAACGGCGUCUCCAACGGUCAGAACGAGGUAGUUCCCGCGAACCCGACCGUCGCUUCGACUUCGGCUCCUUCUCCUCCUCAUCCGCCUCCUCAGGUGGGUAUAUGAUGAAAUUACCGCGUGAAAUCAGCCGUGAAAAGUUAGCCAAAGGGGAAACUGUCUGACGAAAAGCGGUAAAAAUCUUACCGCAGUUGGCAAAAAACACAUUUCAUGUCAUUUAACCAAAAUUUUGAGUACGGGCAAUAUCAUUUCAAAAGUUAAAAAAUGAAUUAUAGUCUGUUCAGAAUUUCAAGUCCUAGCUGAAGCUCCGCCCCCUUUUGGCGCGGCAAACCAAUCAGAGAGCGAGCCAUCCACGGCGUUUUCGAAUGACACCAUUCUACUCAAAAUUCAAAAUCUGAACGGACUUUAACUCGGACCUUGUUAAUGUGAAUUGGACGUGUCGGGGCAUUUCUAAUGCCGUGUUCAAAGUAAUUUCCGUGAAAUGCAAAAUUAUCACUGACUCUCCGAAAUUUAGUUAUAUUUUUCUUUCUCUGACGGCCGUUUUGCAUUUCGCGAAAUUGCUUUGAACACGGCAUAAUGAUCAGAACUCUUUAGUGAUCCCCAGAAUUGCUCAGAAACGUCCGGUUUUCGUCAUCAAGGACUGAGAACGUCAAAAUAGUUUACACAUUUUCCGUGGAGCACUCAUUUGAACCAUAUUUUGCCAACUACGAAAAAAUCUACGCAGCUUCUUAUUCUAUGCUCUUUCAAAACGGCAUUUUUAUCUCGAGGCCCGGUUUUUGCUGGCUUGAUUUUCUCUUAAAUAACUAUUUAUUCACUGCCAAUUGUAACAAUAAAGGGAUUUGAAAUAAAACGCGCAAAUAAGAAAUAGGAACAAAAAUAACCAUACAAGGUAUGAAAACCUCUCUUACAAGAUCGAGGACUUAAUUCAAUUUUUCAUCGCUUACAAGGACGCAGAUUUAAUUUCAAAUAUUCCAGACGGAAGCUCCUGACCUCACGAACAAGCCUGUCGGGGAAAUGCAAUAUCUGGAAGUACCUAUGGACGUCGAGUAA